AGUCACUCACACCGUCUCCGGGGCUCUCGCGUCGUCUUUGUGAAGUGAAUGCAGCGAGAGAGAGGAGCGCCGUAAACACGAGGUUUGGAGAAACAAUACGCGGAUUUGCCACAGAGGUCCGAGCUUGAGAAUCACCGCUUAAGGAGGGGUCAGCAAAAGACCGUGCGUGAGGAAUACAUGAAGGGCGGUGUGGGGGAGGGGGCGGCCAGGCCACCACAGCGGCAGUACCACCAAGGUCAAAGUUCACACAGAGUACAGAACCUUUAAUGGUGUCCCGGUAGAGACAUCAAGAUGAACACGUUACCAUCAAUGGACCGGCACAUCCAGCAGACCAAUGACAGGCUGAUGUGCAUCAAACAGCACUUACAGAACCCGGCCAACUUCCACUCAGCGGCCACAGAGCUGCUCGACUGGUGUGGAGAUCCCCGGGCCUUCCAGCGACCUUUCGAGCAAAGUCUCAUGGGAUGUCUGACGGUGGUGAGCCGCGUUGCUGCUCAGCAGGGGUAUGACUUGGAUCUGGGCUACAGGUUGCUGGCUGUGUGUGCAGCCAACAGGGACAAAUUCACUCCCAAGUCUGCAGAAACCAGCACCUGCAGGAGAUGUCAGAGUGACUCAGCCUUGCUGUCGUCGUGGUGCGAGGAGCUGGGUCGUCUCCUCCUGCUGCGCCACCAGAAGAGCAGGCAGAACGAACCGCAGGGAAAGGUUCCCACGCAGCCCAGUAUGAACAGCAUGAAGCCCGGCCUCACACACAGUGAUGGAUCCUUUCCCUAUGACUCUGUCCCCUGGCAACAAAACUCCAACCAGCCCCCUGGGUCAUUGUCUGUGGUUACAACAGUGUGGGGCGUGACCAACACGUCACAGAGUCAGGUGCUAGGUAACCCGAUGGCAAACAGCAAUAACCCCAUGAAUCCUGGAGGCAACCAAAUGGGCUCGGGUCUGUCUGCCAGCGCAGCAGGGCUCAACUCAGCCCAGUUCAACACUCAGCAGCAACAGUUUGCAAACAAAGGAGGCUCCAACCAGCAGUACAUGCAGCAGGGCAUGUACGGCAGGCCUGGUUACCCUGGAGGUCCUGGGGGAUACAGCGGGAGUUACUCUGGAGGCCCAAACCCUUCUCAAGGCGGCAUGGGAUUGGGCUCCCACACACGUUCUCCUGGUGACUUCACUCAGCCGGCCGCCGCCGCUGCAGCUGCUGCUAUCGCUGCCGCUGCUGCUACGGCAACGGCCACGGCAACGGCAACGGUGGCAGCUCUGCAGGAAACCCAGAACAAAGAUAUGAACCAGUAUGGACAGAUAUGUUCUUCGUUCCAAAUGGGCUCCUCGCAGACCUAUAACAGCCAGUUCAUGACCCAGUCGGGCCCACGAGGCCCCCCUGGAGGUAUGAAUCCCGCCAGCAUGGGUUCACCCAUGAACAACCCCAAUAUGAGUGGACCUCCAAUGGGCAUGAGUCAGGCUCGAACCCCAGGCAUGGUGCCGUUUGGGGCUCACGGUCAAAGGAUGCCUCAGCAGGGGUAUCCCGGAGGACCUCGGCAGGGAAUGCCCAUGCAGGGGAUGAAGAGGCCGUGUCCUGGGGAGGCAAGUUACGUGGGUCAGCAGUACGGACCGAAUGGUCAGUUCCCACCACAGCAGGGACAGUACCCCACAUCAAACGCCUCCAGGCCGCUGUCAUCUCCUAACUACCCCGGCCAAAGGAUGCCAGGGCAGCAGGUCCAAGGGCAGUACCCACCUGGCAUGCCCAUGAGCCAGUACUACAAGCAAGAGCCCUUCAAUGGUCAGAGCACCAACUUCUCUGGAGGCGGAUACUCCUACGGCCAAGGCAACGGGCCCCCCAGGCCUGUUAACUACCCCCACUCCCCGGUGCCUGGAAACCCCACACCCCCCAUGACCCCAGGAAGUAGUAUCCCUCCAUACCUGUCGCCAAACCAGGAUGCGAAGCCCCCGUUUCCACCUGACGUGAAACCAAAUAUGACGACUCUUCCGCCCCCUCCAACUAACCCCAACGAGGAGCUGAGGCUGACGUUCCCAGUUCGGGAUGGAGUGGUGCUGGAGCCGUUCCGCUUGGAGCACAAUCUGGCUGUCAGUAACCACGUUUACCACCUGCGACCCUCCGUCCACCAGACGCUCAUGUGGAGGUCAGACCUGGAGCUGCAGUUUAAGUGCUACCACCAUGAAGACAGGCAGAUGAACACCAACUGGCCCGCCUCCGUCCAGGUCAGCGUCAACGCCACACCCCUCACCAUCGAGAGGGGAGACAACAAAACCUCCCACAAACCCCUGCACCUGAAGCACGUCUGCCAACCUGGAAGAAACACCAUACAGAUAACGGUCACCGCCUGCUGUUGUUCCCACCUGUUUGUGCUGCAGCUGGUCCACAGGCCAUCUGUGCGAUCCGUCCUCCAGGGGCUCCUGAAGAAAAGACUCCUUCCUGCAGAACACUGCAUCACCAAGGUUAAGCGGAACUUCAGCAGCGUGGCAGCCUCUGCAGGCAGCACUCCUCUGAACGGGGAAGACGGCGUGGAGCAGACGGCCAUUAAGGUGUCGCUGAAAUGUCCCAUUACCUUCCGGCGCAUCCAGCUACCGGCACGAGGGCACGACUGCAAACAUGUCCAGUGCUUUGAUCUAGAGUCCUACUUGCAGCUCAACUGUGAGAGAGGGACAUGGAAGUGUCCUGUGUGCAAUAAAACGGCAUUAUUAGAAGGUCUGGAGGUGGACCAGUACAUGUGGGGAAUCCUCAAUGCAAUCCAAAAUUCAGAGUUUGAGGAGGUCACUAUAGACCCUUCAUGUAGCUGGCGACCUGUCCCCAUAAAGUCUGAGCUCCACAUCAAAGAGGACCCUGACGGACCCCUUGCCAAGCGCUUUAAGACCAUGAGCCCCAGUCAGAUGACCAUGCCCAAUGUGAUGGAGAUGAUUGCCCAGCUAGGGCCCGGGACAGGACCUGGACCUGGCGCUGUACUUGGUCCCAGCCCUUACCCCCCACACCCUAGUCAACAUCCCAGUGGCAACGGGGGAGAUUACCCCGGCAUAGGCAACAGUUACCACAGCCAAGGGAACUUUGACUUCCCUCAUGGGAACCCCUCUGGGUGUGGAGGAGGAGGAGGUGGAGGGGGUCCCCCCAUGAGUGACUUCAUCCAUGGCCCCCAGCUCUCCCACCCACCAGAUGGCCCCGGUGGUCUCCUCUCCCAGGACAAGCCCCUCAACCAUGGCAUUAAUGAUGCAAUGUCCCAUACCGAUCAGUCCCAUAACUCCAUGCAGCAGAGCUCGCAUGCGUCUCCCCACCGCGGCAGCCAUUCAGGGCCGCCCUUACCUCACAGUGGCCAGUCAGGGCCGCCGUUGCAUCACAGUGGCCAACCAUCGCAGCCCCCUCGCCAGUCGCAGCCUCAGCCGCAUCAGCAACCUCAGCAGCCCGGGCAGAACAGUCAUCCCCACAGCGAUCUGAACUUUAACCCCUCCUCAGAUGGGCAGAUGGGCCAUGAUGUGCCUGAACCCUCCCUAGAUCUGCUUCCAGAGCUGGCCAACCCCGACGAGUUACUAUCAUACCUGGACCCUCCCGACCUUCCCACCAACAGCAACGACGACCUUCUCUCCCUCUUCGAGAACAACUAGCUCCUCCCCUCCCCUGGGAACCCUUCUGCAUCGACGGGAGUCGUGAUGUGUUUGACUGUCCGUCCACAGGCACCUCACCGACCUCCUGCCGAUACUUCAAGCAGCUCCCUACGCUCAUGCACACACACACACACACACAUACAGUUUAUGAACAGAUGAUGUGUGGCAUAGGAGCGCGGCUGAAAAGAGACGUCUGUUUGGGAACUCCAAGGGAGAGAGCAGGAACGCCACUCAUCCCCGCACUCCCUUUUUUCCUCGUGUAAAGAUUCCACGCACCAGUUCCACCGCCUUUGACUCGAAACACACCAUUUACAGCCAGCCAUGUUGGCGGGCACUAAAGUGAUAAUAUAUAUAUAUAUAUAUAUAUAUAUAUUAUAUUUGUGAAUUUUUAACAGAAAACUGUGCAGCUAUAAUCAUCAUGUGUAAACAACACAGAGGAGACAGGAGCCUUUGUGGGCUUUAGGAAAAGUGUUGUAUCUUUGUUUUUGUUUUUUUAUUCUGAUUUAUUUUUGUGAAAAAAAACAUUGUCUUGUAUGAAUGUUUUUAUCCUCUUUGAAAUGUGUUCUUCCAAAAUGUUGGCACAUGCCAUCAUGCCCUUUGACUCCCAGACCUCUCGGUGUGUGAGUGUGGUCAAAUGUCAACAGAGGAAUGUGCAAUGUAGUGUGUGAGUGUGUGCGUGUGUGAGUGUGUGAGUGUGUGUGAUUGUGGGUGUGUGUGUGUGUGUGUAUGUUUACAUGUCCUCUUUUGUUUGCCUGCGAGUGUACGAGAAAGCGGGGAGAGACAGUUGGAGACGGAGGGAAGAAAUAUAUGGAAAGGAGGAAAGAUAACACAAUCCACUUUAAGAGCUGUCUCAGUACUUUCUGUCCAGUCUGUAGUCGUUCUUGUGUAUUUAUUGUAAUGUUUCGCUCUUCCUCAUCAAUUUCAGCACCAUUUUGUCCACAAGUGCAUGUGUGCCAAUGGCUCCUGUUGUCUUUGUCCAGCCUAAACGUGCUUGAUCAAAUCAUUUUCUCUCUUGUUUUUAUAUUUAUUAUUUCAUUUCAAAUUCAUCAUUUUUGUGUGUUUUUUUUAAAUUGUCGUCCUUUUUUAUGUGUUUAAUCUUCGUCCCUACAUUGAAAUUAAUCAGAUACACAUCACCAAAGUUGUCCAAUGCUUUUUGUAAGUGUUUGGACCCGGACAAUAUGUUGAUGCAAGAGCAGGAUUUCAACGUCCUACAGACGUCUACAGAAGUUUCUAAAUCACUGUGUUUUAUAAAAGCGUCUGUGUGAUUGUUCCGAUCUUUCCUUAUGUCGUUUUGUUACUGUUAAACUGCAUCUUUUUGGGAAAAACAUCCUGCAUGAACCAACAGUGUUUCCGGAGCUGUUGUAUAUACCCGUUGUGAAUACUUUGUGACUGUACAGUACUGUACCUAUCUAUUACUGACAACUACAUGGUACUGUAUGUCUGUCAAGGACUACGCACUCACACACACACACACACACACACAAACACACACAGAAUCCCUUCUUAAACAGCCCAAUAUUGUAACAAAUUGAUCCAAAUGCACUCACUGGACUCGUAUUGAGUAUCUGUGUAUUGUUUUUCAUCACCCUGCGACAAUGCAUCAGUGAAAAGGAAUAUUCAGAUUGCUCAGCAGGAAAGUUAUCAGAGUGUUUUUUUCUUCUUAAGUAAACAAAUUGGUCAGCUUUAAAUUUGUUGUUUUCUGUCUAAAAGAUUGUCAAUGCAGCUUAGAGGUCCAGAUUUCUCCCCAAAAUGAUUCAUGUGAUAUCAUUGGAACAAGUGACCUCGGCCUUUUUAUUUAAAGUGAGAAUGUGAAAAAUGUCCUCUUGAUUGUUUUGAGGCCUGAUUAUAAGUUUUUGAGAACAAUACCUAGCUAAAAUUUGGGAAUUAUGGAUGUUCAUCACAUUUGAUAUUGUUUUAAGUUUAUAUUGUUGUCCACUGUUUUAAGUAUAAGUUGGUUUACACAGUUUUAUGCAGUACUUUCAAUUAAUUUAAAACAUACUGUAUGUUAUUGGACAAAAGUUCCCCCCUUUGAGAUUUGUAAACCAUUUGAAGAACCAAAUAUGGAUUUACUGAUCUUUAAAACUGAUCAAAUCACCUGCAAAUAACACAGUUGAAGGAUCAGAUGUUGUAUGUGUUUGUUUAUAUGUUUGUUGAAGACAAUGCACUGCCGCAUUGGGAUGUUUUAUUUCCCUACACAGUGUGUAACUGUAACUGCAACCUUUCACAAAAUCACGUCUACUAAUUCGAGCGACACAAAUUGUACUGUCUGAUUGCAGACACUUGAAAUUGAGUCAAGGAUUUAAAAGAGAAUGCAAUUAAUGUUGUACAAUGGAAUUUUGGGGGAGAGCCCUUCCUGUUUGCAUAACAAGGGGAGGUUGUGGCAAAUGGUCGGGGGUGGGGAUGUAAGGGAUACGUGUAUAUAAUGUAAAUGACAAAUAGAGACACGUUAACAGAAAUGUAUUCAUUUUCUCCAGGGGGAGUGUGCAUAGUGUAUUUAGAAUUUGUAAAGCUUGCAUCCUCCUGUCAGACAUUGAAUUGGCUAAAUGAGUCUGUGUUCGAUUGCGUCUGUGCAGACCUCUCUAAUCACGCCUGUUCAUUUAUGGAAGAUACUUUAUGUACCCCGCACAUGGGGUUUCAAAGAAAAAAAGAUUUUUUUUCUUUGUGUAAUAUUAAACUUCUGUGUAUUUCUCUA